CAGUCGCUUACGAUAAUAUUUUUUUUCCCACCUCGUUCUAUCAAGGCGUUAUUCCCGCUUUAAAAACAUCUUAUUCGUUAGUACACAGUACACAAUAGCACGUGGUGGUUGUUAAGUAGAAAAAUAUCCUAUGAUAAUAAUUAUUAUCGUUAUUAGCUAGUGUUUUUUGUUACAUUUGUUGUUUGUAGUAACGCAGAGAUACCAGCAGAAACCAGUUCUCAGCAGUCAAAUGAAAUUGGUUUAACUGACAUUAUAAAAACUGAUACUUUUCAAAAUGUAAAAAUUAUUUCUCAAGUUAGUCUGGUCGAUUAUUCGAGUAGCUCAGAUUCGGAACAUUUCGAGGUUGAACAUCCUUUAGCUACCACAAAAUCAGAUAAUUCUAAAGUAAAAAACUUGUCGAAAAAAAAAUUUAAAAGAUUUGACUCUGAUUAUUCGUUUUACGAAGAGAAAGAUUCAGAUUAUUUCUAUUCAAGUUCAGAAGAGGAAAAAAGAGUAGAGGUAGAUACCGAUAAUAUUGUUGGUGAUGCUGGCCUAAGGAAAUCUAAAAAGAGAGAAAGAAGAAAAUAAGAAAACUGGAAAAUACCUUAGGUAUUAAAAGAUCAGUCCAAGAAAACCCAUGCAAAAACAAGAAGUGUCAAAAUUCCUGUGCAACAAAAUUGACAGAACAGCGCCACGAUAUUUUUAAGUUAUUAUUGGGGUUUAGGCAGUUACUCCAGGCAAAGAGACUGGCUUUUGUCCUGCAUUAAGGAAACAGAGGUUAAGAGAAGACGAGUUAAUACAGAAUACAGUAGAAGAAACAGGACCUUCAAUUAUUUUAUUACAUGGAAUGACCAGGAAAUCGAAGUUUGUCAACAAUUUAUUUUAAAAACUUUAUGUAUUUCACAAAUGACUUUAAGAUACACACAGAGUAAUGCCGCUGAUAAAAAGUUUGCUAAAAUUGAUCAAAGGGGCAGGCAUGAUCCUACUCACAAAACUAACCAACUUGAAUUGUAUAAGCGAAAAACUAAAGUGUCUUUAAAAGUAUUCAGACAAAUUUUUAACAAUGAUUUUAAUAUUGGAUUUCAUAUGCCAAAAAAGGAUAAAUGUACAUUAUGUGAGUCUAGAAAACAGGAAAGUGCUAAGUUCACAGAAGUUGAAGAAUGUGCUUAUCAAAAACAUUUAAAGGACAAAGAAGAAAAUGCAGUUCAUGCCACCAUAGAAAGAUUCGUUAACAAGCGAAUAAUUUGGGCACCAUCAGAGUGGUCGACCAUAAUUAGCAAUGCAAGGAUAAACCCAAAACCUUUUCAAGUGGUAAUGUUGAAACAUUCCGACUUCUUGUCUUGGAAGUCUCAAAACAUCUUACCCACGGGAAUUACAAAAACAUUAGACGGAAGCAUAUUUCAAUUUAAUCAAGUAAAAAUUGCUUUAUUUGAAAAAGGCAAAGAUGAAAUUCAAGUUCAAUAUUCCUAUUCAGAUUCCGCCGAUAUUUUGGUUUUAUCCCUAACCAGCGGAACUGCUAAAGGUAAAACUAGUAGAAAACUAAAAAACGCAUCUAAUAAGUUAGAGGCUAUCUAUCCGCAACCUCUAAAGAUUUCCCAUUUGAAAUAUAGAGACCUUAUGCAGCUCUGCGAAAAAAAAAAUUAUUCCUCGUCAAUAUGUUGAGGAAUAUACAAAGUUUGUGGGCACAGCUGAAGUUCCGGACACUUUGGCCGAAACCGAUGGGGAAGAUGAGACAGGAGAAGAC